AAUAAAAUUUAAAGAAAAUCUCAGCCACGGUCUUCUCUAAAAGCUCACUUCUCCAAAAGCAUUAUUUCAGAUGUUGGCUCGGGAACCUCUGAGGAAGACAGAAUGCUAACUACUCUUGCCGUCCUAUCUGAUGCAAUGUGAAACCUUCUGGACUACCUUGGAGGUCCAUGAAGAAUCUCAUCACACUGCGCUUCCAAUGCCACCACUCUGGUCUGCUCCCGACCCAGGUGUUCCUGGAGUUCAGCUGCAGUGGUCUCAGCCUCCCUGCCUCAAGUCCCUAUUCUGUUUCCCCACCCGCUCGGGACACGCCCUCCUCGGCCUGGAGAGUUCUGGGCUGUCAUCCGGACGAAGCUCCACCCGCCGCUCUUUUUCUCACAACCCCCGUCUCCCCGCUGCGCCCACUCCGUGGCGCCCGCAGCCUUGGGGCAAGCCGGUCCAGGAGUCGCGGGACAGACUUCCACGCCUCACCGCUAGGGCCAGGAGGGGGACCACGAGACCCUCCCUUUCCGCACACAGGCCUGGCCUGCGGGGCGCGCGCCGAGCCCCACCGCGCUCCGCACGGACGCGGGCAGCGGGCCGCAGCACCCACCUGCGCCGAGCGCACGGCCCGGGGCACCUGGGCGGGGACACGAGUGAUAACCAAGCACUCCGCAAGCUUAGCGGUUUAGGAAACCAUGGCGCCUGCCAGGAGGACACCGGAAGUCCCGCCCCUCGUGGUGCGCACGCACCUGAACAACUCCGCAGAAGCUUCCACCGGCUCAGCAGUCGUGUGCAGCGCAAGGACUUCUGGGAAACGGAGUCUCCCCGCCGCUCCAGCUGUGCCUCUGCAACUUGGUCACGUCUUUCCUGGUAAAGGCGAAGGGAACCUGGACGGGCUC